UUGCAGCCGCACAUCGAUUUCGGACUAAAAUUUAUCGGAGCGGAUUUAAUGGCGAUACCUGGUCUCUAUAGAUUUGCUCAGGACACCAUCAAGAAUUGAGUUGCAAGUAUGUAUGGAUGGCCCAAGCCACUAGAAGUGACAAUAAUGGAUCCUUCAAAAGCCUUGAAGAAGCCGGUCGGAAUUCUCCAUGUGAGGGUCGUGAGGGCGUCCAAUCUACGAAAGAAAGAUUUUUUGGGUAAAUCAGAUCCGUACGUGAGGCUCAAGAUGUCCGACGAUAAAGUUCCAUCUAAGAAAACAACAGUAAAGCACAGCACUCUCAACCCUGAAUGGAAUGAGGAAUUCAAGUUCACCGUUACGGAUCCGGAAACUCAAUAUUUGGAUCUCAGCGUCUAUGAUUGGGAACAGGUGGGCAAACACGAUAAAAUGGGCACGAACGUUGUUCACUUGAGAGAUCUUACGCCCGAUGAGACGAAAACGUUGACUCUUAACUUGCUAAAAAGUAUGGAUCCGAAUGAUCCCGAAAAUGAGAAGCCGCGCGGAGAGAUUGUUCUCGAGGCAAAGUAUAGGCCUUUUAAGGAAGAAGAACUAGCAAGAGAUGUCGGUGAAGGCGCAGAUAUUGUAGAGAAGGCUCCGGACGGUACUCCGCAGGGUGGCGGUUUGCUUGUUGUUAUUGUUCACGACGCGCAGGAUCUCGAAGGAAAGCACCAUACGAACCCAUACGUGCAAAUAUUUUUCAAGGGAGAGGGGAAAAAAACCAAGCGCAUAAAGAAAACUAGGGAUCCAAAAUGGGAGGAGGAAUUUCAUUUUGUAUGUGAGGAACCACCUAUUAAUGAAAAAUUGCAUGUAGAGGUAUAUAGCAAGCCAUCGAAGGUUGCGAUACUAUCUUCCAAGGAAAGUUUGGGUUAUGUCGAUAUUGGCCUUGCGGAUGCGGUCGGGAACAGAAGAACCAACGAAAAAUACGACCUCAUCGGAUCAAAAAGUGGCCGGAUUCAGAUCGAGCUGCAGUGGAGACCUUCUUAGAACUCUUUUAAAGAGCGAAAUCCGAUACUGUAUUUAUACUGAAAAGAGAAAAG